AUGAAUACCAUCAACAACACGGAUGUCCACUACAUCCGAUGCAUCAAGCCCAAUGAAGCCAAGGAGGCAUGGAAGUUUGAGGGUCCCAUGGUCCUCAGUCAGUUGCGAGCUUGUGGUGUUCUCGAGACUGUGCGCAUAAGCUGCGCCGGCUACCCUACUCGAUGGACCUACGAAGAGUUUGCACUCCGCUACUACAUGCUCAUCAACUCAGAUCUGUGGACGUCGGAGAUUCGGGAUAUGGCCAACGCUAUCCUUACCAAGGCGCUCGGCACCAGCUCCGGCAAGGGCUCAGACAAGUAUCAGCUCGGUCUCACUAAGAUUUUCUUCCGUGCUGGUAUGCUUGCCUUUCUCGAGAACCUGCGUACCAACCGACUCAACGACUGCGCCAUUCUCAUUCAGAAGAACCUUCGGGCUAAAUUUUACCGCCGUCGCUACCUUGAGGCUCGCAACGCCAUCGUGACUUUUCAGUCCGCAGUCAGAGCCUACAAUGCCCGAAAGCAGGUCCAGGAGCUCCGCACGGUCAAAGCCGCAACAACAAUACAGCGGGUUUGGCGUGGCCAAAGGCAAAGAAAAGAGUACUUACGCGUCAGGAACAAUGUCGUCCUGGCGCAAGCGGCGGCCAAAGGUUACCUUCGACGAAAAGAAAUCAUGGAGACCCGCGUAGGCAACGCCGCCAUUCUCAUCCAGCGUGUAUGGCGAUCGCGGCGACAAGUCCUGGCUUGGAGGCAAUAUAGGAAGAAGGUUACCCUCAUCCAAAGCUUGUGGCGUGGCAAGCUUGCUCGUCGUGACUACAAGAAGACGCGCGAGGAGGCCCGCGACCUGAAGCAGAUCUCGUACAAGCUGGAAAACAAGGUCGUCGAGUUGACACAGUCUCUGGGCACGAUGAAGGCGCAAAACAAGAACUUGUCAUCUCAGGUCGAGAACUACGAGGGUCAGAUCAAGGCGUGGAAAAACCGCCACAAUGCUCUCGAGGCCCGGACAAAGGAGCUUCAGACAGAGGCCAACCAGGGCAGUAUCGCCGUUGCUCGACUGCAGGCAAUGGAAGACGAGAUGAAGAAGCUGCAGCAGAGCUUUGAGGAGUCGACUUCCAACAUAAAGAGGAUGCAGGAGGAGGAGCGGGAACUGAGGGAGUCUCUACGCUCCACGAGCACCGAGCUCGACACAGUCCGCCAGCAGAGCGCCCAGAUCGAGAGCGAGAAGCUCUCGCUGCGUCAGCAGCUCGCAGAGCUGCAGGAUCAACUGGAGUUGGCGAGACGCCUUGCGCCGACCAACGGCGAGCUUACCAACGGUGCCGCCCAGUCCCAAGCGUCGGCCGCACCCGGUCUCAUCAACCUCGUGUCUUCCAAGAAGCCGAAGCGUAGAAGUGCCGGUGCCGAGCCCCGCGAGGUCGACCGCUUCAGUGCUGCCUACAACCCUAGACCCGUCUCAAUGGCCAUCACCAGCACAGCCCACAGACAAAAUCUGCAGGGCACCGGCUUCAUGCCCGGUGUCGACAACAUCGAGCUGGAGCUCGAGACCCUCUUGGCCGACGAGGACGGCCUCAACGAAGAAGUCACAAUGGGCCUUAUCCGCAACCUCAAGAUACCGUCCCCCAACACCAACCCGCCGCCGUCCGACAAGGAGGUUCUCUUCCCUUCAUACCUGAUCAACCUGGUCACGUCCGAGAUGUGGAACAACGGCUUCGUCAAGGAGUCGGAACGUUUCCUUGCCAAUGUCAUGCAGUCGAUCCAGCAGGAAGUCAUGCAGCACGACGGCGACGAAGCCAUCAAUCCGGGUGCCUUCUGGCUCUCCAACGUCCAUGAAAUGCUGUCUUUUGUGUUCUUGGCUGAGGACUGGUAUGAGGCUCAGAAGACGGAUAACUAUGAGUACGACCGUCUGUUGGAGAUCGUCAAGCAUGACCUCGAAAGCUUGGAGUUCAACAUCUACCACACUUGGAUGAAGGUCUUGAAAAAGAAGCUUCACAAAAUGAUCAUCCCGGCCAUCAUUGAAUCGCAGUCGCUCCCCGGCUUCGUCACCAACGAGAGCAGCCGCUUCCUGGGCAAACUUUUGCAGUCCAACUCGACCCCGGCCUACAGCAUGGACAACCUGCUCAGUCUGCUGAACAGCGUGUUCCGCGCCAUGAAGGCGUACUACUUGGAGGACUCUAUCAUUACGCAGACCAUCACCGAGCUGCUCCGUCUUGUCGGUGUCACCGCGUUCAAUGACCUACUGAUGAGGCGUAACUUCCUCUCUUGGAAGCGUGGUCUCCAGAUCAACUACAACAUCACCCGCAUCGAGGAGUGGUGCAAGAGCCACGACAUGCCUGAGGGCACUCUCCAGCUCGAGCACUUGAUGCAAGCAACUAAGCUCCUUCAGCUCAAGAAGGCGACCCUGAAUGACAUUGAGAUCAUUCAGGAUAUCUGCUGGAUGUUGUCCCCCAACCAGAUCCAAAAGCUCCUGAACCAGUACCUUGUUGCAGACUACGAGCAGCCCAUCAACGGCGAGAUUAUGAAGGCCGUUGCGUCUCGGGUCACGGAGAAGAGCGACGUCCUAUUGCUGCAGGCCGUCGACAUGGACGACAGUGGCCCCUACGAGAUCGCCGAGCCCAGAGUCAUCACCGCCCUGGAGACUUACACCCCUUCAUGUAUGUGGAUAUUCAUACUGCCGUCGGUCCGUAAUAAACUUGACCUUGCUAACAUUGCCAACCCAGGGCUUCAAACCCCGCGCUUGAAGCGUCUUGCUGAAAUUGUGUCUGCUCAGGCCAUUGCUCAGCAAGAAAAGCUGGAGUACGAUCCUGAAGACGGCUUUGAGCCCAAUGGCGACCUUGCCGAGGUUGAUGAGGAAGAUGUAGCCGCAUAA